GCGACUGGGGAGCGCACAGCAGCAACACUGGCAGCACGCUUUCGAGCAUGGCGGUGCCGCUCGACGAUUUCUGCGGCUCCAAGUUCUGGGACUUUGACCAGUCAUGGAACACUACAGACCCAGACCUGAGCGUCUGCUUCCAGGACACUAUCCUGGUGUGGGUGCCUUGUGGCUUCCUCUGGCUGUUUGCCCCGCUGGAGACGUACCUGCUCCUCAAGAGCUCCAGCAGACUCAUACCGUGGACCGCGCUCAACAUCGCAAAGCUGUUAAUAACGCUGUCGCUGUUCCUGAUUUCCCUGGCUGAGUUCAGCUAUGCGGGCCACGCCGCUCUUUCGGAAGGGGUGGCCCUGCCCUCUGUCUACUUCUACACACCCUUCCUCAAGCUGGCCACCUUUUUGCUGGCCACCACGAUGUUGCUGGCGGGCAAGAAGCGCGGGAUCCGGUCAUCGGGGACGCUCUUCCUCUUCUGGUUCCUGAUGCUGCUGUGCGGCCUUGUGGCCUACAGGUCGCACCUCAAGCACGCCCUCGCCGCAGACCCAGCCGACGACGACGAGUCGUAUCAUCCGCCCAAUGAGCGUGUGGGGCAGGCGUUUUUCUUUGGCACCUACAUGGCCUACUACCCGCUGGUCCUGGUUCAGUUCCUGCUCAACUGCUUUGCAGACACCAAGCCGGUCUACAGGCAGCACGCCCCAUCUUCGGAAGAGAAAGAGUGUCCGGAGAGCGGGGCCUCGUUCCUGUCUCGGCUGCUGUUCUCGUGGUUCGACUCCCUGGCCUACCAGGGCUUCCGGAAGCCCCUGGAGCCCACAGACCUCUGGACGCUCAACUUCAAGGACCGGACGGACCAGGUGGUGCCCACGUUCGACCGGCACUGGCAGACGGAGGUCUCCCGGGUGGCGUCCACCAAGGAGAGGACGGACGUGGCAGCCAGCUUCCACAACCACGUGAACCACGAGGGGGAGGUAAAGUUCUCCGAGCCGAGCAACAAGUCGGCAAAAGCCAAGCCGUCCCAGCUGAGCAUAGUGCGUGCCCUGGCCAAGACCUUUGGCCCCAUGUUCGUGGCCGGCAGCGUCCUGAAGCUGGGCACCGACACCCUCCAGUUCGUGUCUCCCCAGAUUCUCAGGGCCAUGAUAGGGUUUGUGGGUUCUGGGGAGCCCUUGUGGAAGGGCAUCUUCUACGCCGUGCUGAUGUUUGCCACGGCCACGCUGCAGUCGCUCCUGCUGUCGGCCUACUUCCAGCGCAUGUACAUUGUGGGCAUGCGCAUCCGCACCUGCCUCAUCUCUGCAAUCUACCGCAAGAGCCUGGUGCUGUCCAACGCGGCCAAGAAGGAGUCCACCACGGGGGAGAUAGUGAACCUGAUGUCGAACGACGCCCAGAAGUUCAUGGAGCUGAUGGUGUUCCUGAACAUGCUGUGGUCGGCACCCUUCCAGAUCGCCCUGGCCCUCUAUUUCCUCUGGGACCUGCUAGGGGUGGCCGUGCUCUCCGGCGUGGGCGUCAUGGUGCUCAUGGUGCCCAUCAAUGGCUUCCUCGCCGCCUACUCCAAGAAGCUACAGACGCGCCAGAUGAAGCACAAGGACGAGCGCAUCAAGCUGAUGAACGAGAUCCUGGGGGGCAUGAAGGUGCUCAAGCUGUACGCCUGGGAGAGGUCCUUUGAGAAGCAGGUGCAGGACAUCCGGGAGAAGGAGGUGGCCAACCUCCGCACCAUGGCCUACCUGUCGUCCGUGCUCUCCUUCCUUUGGAACUGCGCCCCUUUCCUGGUGUCCCUGAUGUCCUUCAUGACCUAUGUGCUGAUGAGCAACGAGAAUGUGCUGGGCCCCCAGAAGGCCUUUGUGUCCCUCACGCUCUUCAACAUCCUGCGCUUCCCCCUGUCCAUGCUGCCCAUGCUGAUCUCCAUGCUGGUCCAGGCCAGCGUGUCGGUGAAGAGGAUGAACAAGUACCUCGGCAACGAAGAACUCGAGGAGUACGUCACGCACGAGAAGGAUGACGUCAAUCCGGUGACCGUGGAGUAUGGUUCGUUUGCCUGGACGAGGGACGAGGACCCGGUGCUGAGGGACGUGAACAUCAAGAUCCCCAAGGGCAAGCUGGUCGCACUGGUGGGGCAGGUGGGGGCCGGCAAGUCCUCCCUGCUGUCCGCCCUGCUGGGCGACAUGGAGCGCAUCCAGGGCACCGUGAACAUCCACGGGUCGGUGGCUUACAUUGCCCAGCAGGUGUGGAUCCAGAAUGCGACAGUGCGGGACAACAUCCUGUUCCAGAAACCCAUGGAGCGGGAGCGCUACAACCGCGUCCUGGAGCAGUGCGCACUCCAGUCCGACCUCUCGGUCCUCCCUGGAGGGGACAUGACCGAGAUCGGCGAGAAGGGCAUCAACCUGAGUGGAGGGCAGAAGCAGCGGGUGAGCCUGGCCCGUGCCGUGUACAGCGACACUGACAUCUACUUUCUGGACGACCCCCUGAGCGCCGUCGACUCUCACGUGGGACGGCACAUCUUCGAGAAGGUCAUCGGCCCCAACGGAGCGCUGAAGAACAAGACGCGUGUGCUGGUGACCCACGGCAUCUCGUACCUGCCCCAAGUGGACCACAUCCUGGUGCUGAAGGAUGGCCGAGUGGAGGAGCAGGGCAGCUACAAGGAGCUGCUCAGCCAGAAGGGGGCCUUCGCGGAGGUUCUGUUGCAGUUCCUCCGCGAGGAGAGCCAGGAGGACGAGCUGCUCGACACGGACCCCAACAUAGUGGAGGAGCUCAUCCUGCAAGUGGGCAACCCAGAGAUCAACAGGCAGCUGUCCCUGCGCAAGUCGUCGGAGGAGCUCUCGGUGGCGGAGCGCAAGGAGUUCCUGCGCAGCCUGUCGCGGCAGCUCUCCGAGUCGGCCAGCGUGGAGUCUACGCCCGUGCGGGCGGGCAGCAUGGACCUGUCCAACCGCAAGGGCAGCAACGCCUCCAGCCUGCAGUCCAACCGCACCCUUUCUCGGUCCCGGUCUCGGUCCCAGGCGACACUCAAGGGGGAGAAGGGGGCCGUGGAGGCCGAGCCCACCAAGCUCGUGCAGGCCGAGGUCGCCGAGACCGGACAGGUGAAGUGGCGCGUGUACUUCGCCUACUUCGGGGCCAUCGGGGUUGCCUGGCUGGUCCCCAUUGUGCUGAUGAACGUGGCCUCGAGCGCCUUCUCCCUGGGCUCCAACCUCUGGCUCACGGCCUGGAGCAACGACCCCCCCCUGCCGGACGGCACCCAGGACCUUGGCAAGCGGGACCUCCGGCUCGGGGUGUACGGCGGCCUCGGCCUGGGACAGGGACUGACCAUCCUGUUUGGUUCCCUGGCCCUGUCCCUGGGCAGCCUGAAGGGUGCCAUGUUCCUCCACAACGGGCUGCUGGCCAACAUCCUGCGCUCUCCCAUGGCCUUCUUCGACACCACGCCCCUCGGCCGCGUCGUGAACCGCUUCUCAAAGGACGUGGACACAAUGGACAUCGCCAUCCCGAUGACAGUGCGGGCGUGGCUGAUGUGUGUCCUGCAAGUUGUCUCUACCCUGCUCAUCAUCAGCAUCAGCACUCCCAUCUUCAUGGCCGUGGCCGUGCCCAUCGGUGUCCUCUACUACUUCAUUCAGCUGUUCUACAUUGCCACGUCCCGGCAGCUGAAGCGCCUGGAGUCGGUGACGCGGUCGCCCAUCUACACGCACUUCUCGGAGACCCUCUCGGGCGUGAGCACGAUCCGCGCCUACGGGGCCCAGGAGCGCUUUGUGCUCGAGUCCAACCACCGGGUGGACUACAACCAGAUGUGCUACUACCCGUCCACCAUCUCCAAUCGGUGGUUGGCAGUACGGCUGGAGUUCUGCGGCAACCUGAUCGUCCUGUUUGCCGCCCUCUUCUCCGUCUUUGGGAGCCAAGCCUUGGACGGCGGCACUGUCGGCCUCUCGCUCUCCUACGCUCUGUCGAUAACAGCCACCAUGAAUUGGAUGGUACGCAUGAGCUGCGAGUUUGAGACCAACAUUGUGGCCGUGGAACGUAUCAUGGAGUACACCAGGUCCCCAACCGAGGCUGCCUGGGAGGUGCCAGAAUCCAAGCCGGCGCUGGAUUGGCCCAUGGGAGGCCAGGUUCAGUUUGCAGACUACUCGACGCGCUACCGGGAAGGCAUGGACCUCGUCAUCAAGGACAUCACCGUCUCCAUCAACGCGGGCGAGAAGGUGGGAGUGGUGGGGCGCACUGGAGCGGGCAAGAGCUCGCUGAUGCUGUCGCUGUUCCGCAUCGUGGAGCCCGCCAAGGGCACCAUCUUCAUCGACGGCGUGGACGUCACCAAAAUCGGUCUGCACGACCUGCGCUCCAAGCUCACCAUCAUCCCACAGGACCCUAUUCUGUUUUCUGGGACGCUGCGCACCAACCUAGACCCCUUUGGGGAGAAGAGCGACACGGAGCUGUGGUCUGCCCUGGAGCUCUCACACCUCAAGGCCUUCGUCUCGGGCCUGGACAAGGGCCUUGAGUACCAGGUCGCCGAGGGAGGAGAGAACCUCAGCGUGGGUCAGCGUCAGCUGGUGUGCCUGGCACGAGCGCUGCUGCGCAAGUCCAAGGUGCUCGUCCUGGACGAGGCGACCGCGGCGGUGGACAUGGAGACAGACUCGCUGAUCCAGCAGACGAUCCGCAAGGAGUUCACGGGCUGCACAGUGCUCACCAUCGCCCACCGACUCAACACCAUCAUGGAUUACGACAGGAUCCUGGUGUUGGAGCAAGGACGCGUGGCGGAAUUCGACACUCCCUCCAACCUGCUCGCCAACGAGAGCUCCAUCUUCUACAGCAUGUCAAAGGACGCCGACCUGGCUUGAGUCGGGGCGCCAAUCGCGAUUAGCGUGGUGCCAACUUCACGGACAUUAAUCCCCAAUCCAAGCCAUCGAGCCCACCGGUCGCUCCCUGUUGGUGGAGUGUGCGGAUCUAACGGGCAGCUGGCUCCCCUGCAUCGAAAGCCAGGGCGUACGGGUAGCGUGGGCAUUUCGGGCUCGACUCCCGUGUUCCGUCGACGGACGUUUUCCAUUUGAUGCACCGACACCCGCCGCUCUAACCGCCCAUUCUUUUUGUAUAUUUGAUAUUUAGGUCCCUGUUUCGACUUGAUUUAGGUAACUGUAUCAAAUAUUAUCUCUUUAGGAUCUGCGUGCUUUCACAUUGCGACGGAAAGACCGACAUAUAGGUAUAUAUAUAUCUUAUUGGUGAACCGGUGUUUUAAGUUUGACGAUCAGAUCUGGAAGCUGCAUCUUCGGCAUUUUUGUCCUAGUGAACCUUAGUUUCCAGGGCGACCUUUCGUAAUCCUCGAGGGCAUACUUUCUUUCGGCGCGUAACUCUUCCCAAUCAAGAACUCCCUUUGGUGAAGGUAAUAUUGUAAAUGUGAUCUUUCUAUAUAAAAAAAAAGGGUGUCAAUGAAAAGAAGCUUUUGGCGAACGUGAGCCCUUCACGUAAGUAAUCUCUCUAGGAAUCCGACCUUCCGACGGAGGUAACUUUUUUUGCAAAACUAGACUGCGACAAUGGCGAGGUCUCUGCCAACCUUUGUGCCCUCAAAGCUUUCCUUUGGCGCCCUCCGUAAAAUAUGCUACGGGUUGGAAGCGGUCCGCUCGGUUGUAAAUACUAGCAAGUUUUGCGACUUUCAGUGCACCGCUUCAUUUUCCCCCGAAUCCUGUGUCUGGGGAAGCGACAGUAUUUAGUUGGGCAAGAUCCAUUUGCACCUCGGACUAAUUUAAGUAUCCCUCGGCGAACGUUAUUUAGGUGUCACAAUACGAGGGAUCGUUGCGACGGUUUUUUCGGUGAAUACCAAAGCGGGGAACGAGGUGCGGUCGUCUCGGCGUAGCGAGGUCGCCCGGCCGCUUCGUGGCACCGGCCGCAUGUUUGCAGUUGGGACUUUUCGGCUGAACGCAGUUCGACCUGUGUGAUAUUUCCGUGUACUUUGUACGACAUUGUUAUUAUAAUACGCUCACCCCGAAUUUAGCCGAGAACGUUACUGUUGUUGCAGCCCACGUCCGGGUCAUUUUCGCACUAGUAGUGUUUUUUUUUUUCCCCGAAACAUUUUCAUAACCAUUGGUAGUGCAUUACGUUUUACAUUUUUGCUCCCACCUUAUUUAUAUAUACUUUUCCUCCUUCCCCCUCCAGCCGUGCAUUCGUUUUGUCUGGGUUGGCACCUUUCUUGGAUACUAUACAAACAAAAUGUUGAAACAACGGUGCCACAUUUUUGGGUGGCGGCAAAACAUCCGUCUUUUUGGGGAACGGCUCAUCGGGAGAUUUUGGGGGAGUGCUUUUGCAGGGAGGAUCGACACCACAAGUGCACUUCGAAGACUCUCCAUCACAUUGGUUUGGAGUGGGAGUGAUUUUGUACAAUAAAAACGGAACAAAGUUUU